AUGGUGGGCUACGACCUUGAGGACAAGGCCUAUUGCAUGGAGCUGACAUACAACUACGGACUCGACCGACCUGGCACCUACGAGCCGGGGUCUGGACUCGCCGAGUUCGGCAUUUUUGUGCCGGAUGUCGAGGCUGCGCGGAAGGCCGCGGCAGCCUUGGGCUAUUCCGAGGAGGAUGGUUGCGUCGUAGGCCCUGACAAGUAUCGUUUCCGGCUCCUCACCUUGCCGAGUGGCAGAAGCGAGCGCUUCCUUUACGUCAUGUGCAGAUCUGGAAACCUGGAAAAGACCGUUGGUUUCUACAAGGAUGUCCUGGGAAUGGUCGAUGCCGAAGUCCCCGGUGCGGUCCCGUCCAAGCCGAAAACGGCUGCGGUUAGCUACACCUCGAAAAUGCACCCGCACGGCUUGGAGCCAGUCCUACUUGUCUGGUACGAGGAUGGAGUGGCUCCCAAGCCCACACCCUGGGAGGGCAGACAUGCGUUGGGACUGGAUGCAGAGCAGAUCAUCGCCCUCCAUACAAGGUAUAAGAAGGAGUUCCCGGACAAGAUUAUGCACGACGAGAAGACCGGUGGGCCCAUCUCUCUCCAGGAGAAGCUGGGGACGCUCUUCAUCUUCAUUGCUAGAGAUUACGACGGUUACGAGAUGUGCUACGUCUCGCGCGAGACGAUGCUGCCGGCUGUUGUCGAGGCUGCCACGAACUACGAUGGCAAGGCCCUGGACUUUGACACCCGGGCCAAGCGCAUCGCGGCCAUCGAGAAAGCCGGCCGUGAGGUGGAGGAGCUCUUGAAAAAGAACCCGGUAGUCCUCUUUUCAAAGGAGUGGUGCCCCUUCUGCCGGAAGGCCAAAGAUGCUCUGUCCAGUAUCGACGCACAGUUUCUGGUUAAGGAGCUUGAGGACGCCGACAAGAAACCGAAUGUGGAGGACCCCAUGUCAUUUCAGGAGUACCUGGCUGCCAAGACAAACGCAGGGAAGAGUGUGCCGAAGGGCUUCAUCAAGGGCGAGUUCAUCGGUGGAGGUGACGACAUCGUCGAACUCAACAAGCGCGGCAUGCUACUGGAGAAGUGCGUGGCCGUCGGCGCGGCAGCCAAAAAGGAGGCGCCAGCUGGCCAGGACGGACACUUCUUCUACAACGGCAAACUGGUGGCGGAAGCCGAGUGGAAGGCCUGUGAGGUCUAA